AUGGAUGCUGCAAUCGAUCUCUCGGACCCGUCCAAGGCUCUGGAUUUGUCCAAUAUCCGAUUUCAAUUGAUUCGUCUUGAAGAUACGAUCACAUUCCACCUGAUCGAGCGUGUCCAGUUCCCGCUCAACCGGACCAUCUAUGUCCCUGGAGGGGUCAAGAUCCCCGGCUGCGACCUCAGUCUCAUGGACUACUUGCUCCGGGAGCAAGAGCGCCUGCAGUCGCGUGUUCGCCGUUAUGAGUCGCCCGACGAAUACCCUUUCUUCCCCGAUGCGCUCGAAAAACCCAUCCUCCAGCCCCUCCAGUAUCCCCCCAUCCUCCACGAGAACGACGUCAAUCUCAAUUCCACGAUAAAGAAGCGCUACAUUGAGGAGGUUCUGCCGUCAGUCUGUCCCGACUUUGGACGGCCGGAUCGCGGCGAAACCAAGGAGAAUUACGGGUCGUCGGCCACAUGCGAUGUCAACUGCCUUCAGGCAUUGUCCCGUCGUAUCCAUUUCGGCAAGUUUGUCGCCGAGUCCAAGUUCCGAAAGGACCCGGAGAAAUUCGUCAAAUUGAUCAAGGCUGGAGACCGCGAAGGAAUUGAGGCGGCGAUUACGGAUGCGAAGGUCGAACAACAGGUGUUGGACAGACUGAGACUCAAGGCCGAGGCAUACGGCAGCGAUCCUGCACUUCCAGAACUGCGCAACAAGAUCAAGGUUGAAGCGGUUGUGGACAUGUACAAGAACCUUGUCAUCCCCCUGACGAAGGUCGUCGAAGUCGAAUAUUUGAUGCAGCGCCUCAAGGGAACGCAAUGGGAAUGA